AUUACCUAAAAAACCAUGGCCAUACUAACUAAACAAUCGGGGUCAAGUACUUUUAUGGAACAACUCGGCUAUAUAGUCUUCAGCGGUAUACGCAAAGUAAAUGGCGCCAAUGGCAUACGUAUUAUAGUACAGUCCUCAAAGCAUCCAUCGUUCGUCGAGGAUCGCAUUGAAAGCUUCUUGGAGAACUAUUUGCAAACCAUGGAGGAAAUGCCGCUGGAUGAAUUUGAACGACAUAAAGAGGCUUUAGCAUUGAAAAAGUUGGAAAAACCUAAAAAUGUUACACAACAAUUCCAUCAAUUUUAUAAUGAAAUUUCUGUUGGGCAAUAUCAUUUCGAACGAGAUGAAGCGGAAGUGGCGAUUUUGCGUAAAAUUACGAAGGAAGAGUUUUUGGAAUGCUUCAAGAACUUCAUCACACGUGCUGGUCCCGAACGCCGCGUACUCUCCGUGCAUAUUAUCUCUACACAAACAAAUGAAGUGGAUAACGAAAUUGACACGACCGAAACAGAAAUAACAAAUAUGGAAAGACAUGAGAAAAUCACCGAUUUGGAAACGUUUAAAUCAAGCAAAGAAUUAUAUCCCAUUUGUUUGCCGGUAUUGGAUAUUAAAGCGAAAGGGGCGCGUAGUAAAUUAUAAAUAUUUUGAAAAACAACAAAAAAAUAAAAAAAAAAUACUUGCAAACAUGUAUACAUAACUAACACCAGCAUUUUUUAGCUAAAUUAUUCGCUUUUAAUUAUUAAGAAAAAGGAAUAGCAAGAAAAACAAAAUACAACAACAACAAAAAUUGGUUAAACUCAAGCUAAGUGUUGAUUUAGGUGAGUUGCAAUAAUUUUUUUAUUUUUCAUUUUAAUUUUUUGUACUAUUUGAAAUAUGUUUUGUAUAAUAUUUAAAAUAUUUGAAAAUUUCUAGAAAAAACACAAAUUAAAAUAGUUAACGAUACACACAAUUAUUUAGCACCCAUUGCUUUCAUAAAUUUCUUACACUUGUUUAAUGGUCAUGUACCUCAAGUCCGCUCGCUAUAAUUAAAUUUAAUUAUUAAUUAACAAAUAUUUAUAAUGCCUUUUAUCCUUUAAAAAUCAUAAAAAAAUAUAUUAAAUCGCAAAAAUGAAAGAAUAAACGUUUUAUUAAAUUAUAAACACAUACAUACAUAUUUAACUAGUGCAAAAAUAUAUAAAAUUAGCAAAGAUGCAGUUAUAAAUAAAGAAAAAUUUGUAUUAACAACGAAUCGUUUUUGAUAAAUGGACUGUUGAGUAGUGCGCUGUUCGGUAUGAGAAAGCCGGACUCCAGAUUAUGUAUUUCUUGUGAAAUUAAAUCCUUUGAGCGUUGAUUGUGCUGCAAAAAAUAAAAAAUAUGUAAAAACAUAAGAAAAAAAUCGAAAAUUAAUUAA